AUAGAUGAUGUGGCACGGAAAUCAAGUCGAACGCCAAGUAAAACUAACUCCUUUCAAAAUACACCUGUAAAAACCGAAUCCUCUGAAAUGGACAGGAGACUUGCUCGAUCCGUCAGAUCGCGUAAGAGCCGACAAGAAGAAGUCGAACAGACGCUUGACACGGAAAACAACAAUUCGUUGCUCAAUGCUAGCAGUCUUUAUAACAACACUCUUAAUAAUUCAAGAUUCGAUGACACACCUACACACCUUUAUGGUGAGUAAAGAAUCUGUUUUUUUUUUGGUGAUUUCAGGAACUGAAAAUAUUUUCGAUGCCCUGCUGCAUUCUUUGAAUUGCUAUGCAUAUUGCAGUGUAUAAUAAAUGCAUGAGGCUGUUUUACUUGCAAAUAAUUUCCAAACUGUCUGGAAUCAAAAGGUUUUGUAAUGAGCAUUCACCCAAAUUUGUUUCUCAAUCCUAUUAUCAUAUAAAACUGGGGUAUUGUACAAACACUCUCAGUAUGAUAUUAAAAAACAUGAUGUGUUUUUUGCAGGUUUAGACAAUCCCGAUGAAAUAAAUUCAGGUAGGUAUAACAGCGCACCUGGUCUAUUUUAACUGAUUAAUUUGAAUGCAGUUAACUGUUUCAUAUCAGCUAGUAAGUAUCAUGAUAAACUGAAAGAUAAGUUUAGAAAGUAGCCAGUAGUAUCUUUUAUGAUAAAGAACAUAUCCUCUGAAAGAAAAAUGUUUACAGAAUUGUUUUUAGCCUGAGAAAACAGUUGACAUUUUGAGAUGCCACCACUGGUUUCCCUACAAGAUGACAUCUGAGGAAGGAGCGCAGAAAUUCCAUACUGAUGACAUGUCACUACCCAGGACACUAAUCUUCAGGCAGUACGGAAUUUCUGCCCUCAUUCCUCAGGUGUCAAUUUGUCGGGAAACCAGCGGUGGCGUCUCAGGCUAAAUUGUUUUCUGUCUCUGGGGUUAUCGAUAUCCUAUCUGGCUUUUAACUUCCCUCAGAUUUAGAUAUUUCAUGCUCGGGUGAAUUUGUGGCUAAUUUUUUUCCUCUGAUGGAUAAGUUUUGCAGUAUUUUUGGAAUCAAGCAUAAUCAUUAUGAUAUGAAUUUUCAAAUUCAAAAUCAGUUUUAUGACUGUAUUAUAAUUUAUUUAAUUUCUCAUUUGUUGAUCUAAUAUUGAUUUCCUAGCUUUAUUCAACUAUAUCACACAAAACCAAAUGUUAUCACCAAACUGAUAUGUUUUGGAGCAUUUGCUAAAAUCAAGUACAGUGUAGUAUUAGGUGUUAGGCAAUAACUGCCUACUCUUCAGCUAGCUACUGGCUGCUGACUAACAGUAAAUUGAACUGACACUUUAUGAAAACUCAAUCGAUCUCCUUGCUUGUUUGCUGUUAGCCUGAUUUCAGACAUUACUUCAAGUCACUUACUCCUCUCAGCAACUGAGGGAGUAAGUGACUUGCACUGAUGUCUAAAAUUCAGGCUUCUAAGUUAGCCGUCAAAGUGCCAGCGGUUUGGCUAGAGUUUUCCACCAGGCCUCAGGUUCUUGAAAGUUAUGUAGCAGCAGUUUCAGUACCUUGAAGUUGUUUUUCCUAAAACAUAUAAUUAUUUGUAGCACCAUGCCCACCCCUCCCUCCAAACCUGGAGUACAAUAUGAUGCCUUUUGUCUGACUCCUCCCUUGUAACCUAGUGGUUCCUGCCAGGAGCUACCAUAACCCUGUAGCAGCUGGUACCCCCCCUCCCUCCCACUGUGAUUGUGACUCCCAGCCUGGACAAAGAAGAUAAGUUUGUAGUAAGGGUUAGGUUGGUUAAUACAUGAGAUGUGAACAUGGAGUAAGAGCUAACUUGAAAUUAUUUCUUUUUUUCUUUUCAGUUAAAGUAGAGGGUAGAGACUCAAAAACAAGCAAAAUUUCUCUACAGGAUACUCCUACCAACAAGAGAAAAACGGUACUUUUAUCUUCAUGAGACUAAGUUCUGGACUGAGUGCUUUUUGUGGCUCUAUCUAAUCACUGUUUAUUGUUUGCAAAAACAACAGGGUUUAUAAGCUAGAGCAAGAUCAUGUAUUAAUAAAGUUUAAAUACAUUAUAUUAAGAUAUCUACAUUUACUCAUUGCAUUCAUAUUGAUUGUUUACAGAUUUGGCACUGGAUUUCAUAUUGUAUCCUUGUUUUGUUGGGUAUCAUGUUAGUUAACGGUUUGAUGACGCAAUAUCAUGCCCAGAACAAUCACCUCAAGGUAUUAAAUAGGAUGCAAAUAAAUAAGAAAAUUCUAGUGGAUAUGAAAUCAAAGGAAAUAAAUUGAGUGCAUGCAUUUAAUAGGUUCCUAUGGUCUUGUUGCAAACCCCUAAGUUAUAUGGUGUAAAUAGAAGCUAGAGAUGUUGCUCAGAAAUAAAAUUAGAUUAAUAAUUUGAUUGAUAUAAACUCUGCAUUUAUAUUAAUCUCUAAUGAAAUUUAACAUUUCAUCUAUUUGGUCCUAUUUGUAUAUGGUUGCAUAUUUGGGGUCAACAUGGCUAAUUUGGUUUGAAAUGGUUAGGGAAUGCUUAUACUUUAAUAUUGAUUUCCCUCAUGAAUGUUUGCUUUCAUAAUGAGAUAAAAUGGUGGUUAAACUGGUGUUUCUCUAGCUAACAGAUUUCAUGAUGUUUUGUAGGGUGGUAACUCUGUUGAAAAGUGUAAUUACGAGGAAUUGGUAGCAGAACUGAAAACAUUUAAAGAAAAAGUUAUUGAGAUUGAACAAGAAUUGAAAAGUAAGUUCACUAGUUAAAAUAAUAUAAGUCAGCAUUUUUAGUAUUUUUAACUCCAUACGAAUGUAUGCAGUUACAUCAAGUUUAAUACAUACUUGCUGUAAAUUAAAGUGUAUUUUAAAUUGUCUUUAAAAUUUCUCUGGUUUAGCUAUAAUUUAAGAGAAAGAGAAACCUAACAUCGGAAAGCUCAGAAAAAUUUCCAAGGUCCUGUUGAAAUUCAAACUCAUGACCCUCCAACAAGAUCUAGAUGGGAAUCUACCUGGUGUGGGUUCCCCACAAAAUACUUCACUGCCACCAACUGGAUCAUGAGUUUACAACUCCCCUCUACCUUUCGGCCCCUUAAACAGGGUACCGUUUUAAAUACACCAAACAAAAUUAACUAUAUUUGACAUUGACCAAAUUUCUAGAAUAGGGUACCUGCAAUUUCAAGAAUGCAUUUUAUUUUCUAAAAUGGGAUCUCAAUUUUAGGCAUACCUUAGGUGACAGAAAAUCCUUAAAUAUGAAUUGCUGAGUCCAGGUUUUAUGAGCCCACGAGACUGAGCACCCCAUCCAGACCCUUGUUUUCACUAAAACCGCUGGACGCCAACCUGGUUCGGGUCAUUGUUAUCUAAGGUCUUCCUGGGUGGCAUGCCAUACACACCCAAAACACUGCACUGGGUAGGCUGUGAUCAGUCUCUUAUCUGGGUGGGGCAGACACAGUGGGGGAGUAUUGAGAACAAGAUCAUCCCCUUCUCCCGUCAUGAGAGCCUGCUUGUGGGCCAUGCAUGAGACAAACUCAUUUUGAGCAUAUUCAAGUAUUUUAGAUAUUUUAGAUCUUACUGACUGUGCACAUUCUCCAAAACUCACAACAUAAUGCCUUCAACUUUGUCUUCCAAAAAAUAAUAAGCGUUGCCUUACAUGUAAAGUUUUUUGGAGUGUGAAAAUCUUAAGUAUGAGGUUGCAAAUUUCCACUAGACUUAGUUUUAACUCUUACUGUGUGAUAGCUUAGUGGAUAACUAACAGAUGUUCAUUAACUUGCAGUGGAAAAGGUUCCAAGUGACCAGAGUGUAUUCCUAGAUGAUAAGGUACAAUUAAUAAUGUUGAAAUAAUUAAUACGUCAAAAUAUUAUCAGUAUUAUAUUAUGUUAUUUAUUUAUUUGUUUACAACUACAAUUUACAACUUAUGACCGAAUUUGGAAUUUUUAGCACUGUUUAAACUUUUUUAUAACACCUGAUUACAAUGAAAAUCAAGGAAGUUGUUGCCUGAAGUUGGAUUCCCUGUUGUGUUUUGUACUUUUUUAACAGUCCCUCAACGGCAACGGAAAAGAACUGAAUAGACUACUAAACAGCCGUAUUACUGAAGCUCUUAACCGCUGGGAUGCGGACAAAAUCGGAAUGCCGGAUUAUGCUUUGGAGUCUUCAGGUAUUGAACACACACUAUAUCUUACAUCUUACAUACGGUAAAUAUUUACCAAAAAGAAACUUAUGAUAGGGGCCUUGAGUUAUGGAGAUUUUCUUGUAACCCUAGCAUUGUUGAUUUAUUGAUUGAUUAUCCUUUAUGUAACAUAGGAUGGUAGGAUAUCAUUAUGUAUUUAAACAUGAAUACAAACCAGAUCAAAACUAGAAACAAGUAAAUAUUGCAGAAACCGCAGGGGUGGAUCUAGGGGGACGGUAGCCCUAACCCUAACCCUGAGAUGACUUGCGGCUUUUUAAUACAACUGGUAUUCUGUUUUAAAAUUUGUUUACGUCACCAGUCAGUUACUCCAUUCCUUGUAUGUUGUGGUGCACCCCCUCCUAAGAAAAUCCUGGAUCCGCCCCUGAAUCGGAAGACAACUUUCUUUUCGUGUAAAAAGAGCGUUUAUUAACGGGUAAACUGACCAAUGGUAUAGGCCAUUUACAACUGAAAAAGGCGAAGAGUCGAUCACUAAAGACCUCAAAACCGAAAACUUCAAUACAGCUCUAAGACGACUGUAAGUACAUACAGGUGAUAUAAUGAAGGAAAGACAAGGGAACACCCCAUCAUGUUCUCUUGGGAAAGAGUACUGACUACUUUCAAUUAGACAGAAAGAAAAAUAUCACCGUUCGCAUGCUUUUAAAACCAGAUAGCCUGGGACUGGACUAGGUGGGGAAAACGGCAAAAAACGGAGUGAAACAGCAGCCGUUCAUGAUCAGCUCGCUUCGCUUGCCGAUUUUUUUUGGCUCUUGUCGAUUUUUUUUUUCGCCUUUUUUCCCCCACUGUGGAGCCUGGUCCAAGGCGAAAGUCCAGAUGACUGUAAGAUAAAAGUGUAAAUUCUACAGUUUUCAGUAAACCAGUUAUAAUGCCAUACUCAGAGGUAAAUAGAGUGGAAUUUGGAAAUUCCCUUGUUUUGAAAGUUUUAGUCUUCUGUUUUCCGUUUCGUUUUCGUCAGGAGCGGAUGGCGGCGGCCCUUACUCCAGGAGACAGGAGGGGCUUGGAGCAAGAAUGGGGGGUUAGGCCCCAGUACUCCCCUGUCAAGUUUAGGAAGUGGUGAUUAGACGCAGGGUUUCAUCACCAGAUGAAACACUGAGAAAAGAGUUGAAAAUACGACGGGCAGCCGAGAAUUUUUGAUGAACUUCGAGUAGAAUGCUUGAUAUUACUUCUAAAACAAAAUGAUUUUAGGAGGAGAAAUGAAGGAUGCAAAAAUGAGCUGUUUUUCAUCUGAUUUCCAAACACUCAUUAUUCAUUAAUGUCUUUUGUAUUUUCUUUAUUAAUUAUUAAUGAGUUUGGAAAUUGAUGAAUAGAUGACUUUGUGGUUAAAGCCAAUCUUUCUACGAAAUUACUUUUGAACACAGAAGAUUAAAAUUCUCGCUUCUCUGUACAAAAUGUAGGAGGCCAGAUCCACAGUGCGCAUCACUCACCCACGUUUUCUAACGGAGCACCUCAGCUGAUGGUGUUUGGUAUUCCUCUGUGGUAUGAGGUAAAUACCCCAAGAGUUGUCAUCCAGGUACGUCAUAUAACUUGCCCCAGAGUGUAGCUAAGGCCCUGUCUUCACGUAUCCGUGUUUAUUUGUAAACGGAGAUUUUUUCCCGGUUUUCCGAAAAAUCCGCGUCCACACGUUGCGUUGAAAACGUUACCAACUUUGAUAACCCGUGACGUAAUCGUUUUAAAAAAUCUCCCUUUAAUUUUCAUCCAUCCACAGGAGUACAUCAAAGUGGCCUUCAUAGAAAAAAAAAGCGUUUUCGGUGAUCGUUUUCAGCGGUCGGCAGGCGGUAGGCCAAACAGUAGCGAAAAAAUCUUCGUUCAAAUAAAAAGAGAUGCGUGUGGAAGAGGCCUAAUAAAGUAGUUGAUACAAAUGUGUAGUUUAAAUAUAAUCAAUGAGUAGUGUAGCCUGCGAACGACAGACGUUUCUCCUCGCUCAUCGCCGAUGAGGGACGUUUCACGAGGAGGAACCUCGCGAAACGUCCCUCAGCGGCGAUGAGCGAGGAGAAACGUCUGUCGUUCGCAGGCUAUGAGUAGUGUUGAGUGGGUUCGAAAUGCUUCACGGGUGGGACCAUUGUUUUCCUGGAAAAACUAACGGCCAAUUAUUUAGUUUAGCUUAGGGCCAAUUUACUUUAGCUCGUGUUUAACAAAACCGCGUUCUAAGCCAUUUUCAGUUUGCCCAACGCUUUUAUCUAAACACCAUUUUUCAAGAGGGGAGAAAAGGUACUUUAAAGCCUUGAAGCCCCAUUGUCCACAUACAACUUCUCCAGACUGUACUCCAUACAUUUCCUUAAAGAAUUAGUGGAGAGAAUUUUUUUAAUAAAGAUGAAAGGAUUUUCGCUUUGGUGAUCACUUCUUUUAUUCUCAUAACCUUUUUCCGAUAUUAUGUAUUGGUAUUGUUAGAAGAAAACUGACGGUUAGUCAUUCUUGAGAGAGUAUCUUAGUUGAUCUCUCGGGAUAGAAAGGUGUUUACUUUGUUUGUUAUUUUCCCUCUCCCUUUAGCAAGGAAACUCCCCAGGGGAUUGUUGGGCUUUUCAAGGACAGAACGGCUUCGUGGUCAUCAAGGUUGAGUUGAUUUGCAUUCCCUUCCACUUUCUCAUUUUAUUCAUUGCAUAUUUGUGUAACUUGGUUCGAUCUUUUCGCUGGCAGCUUUCUCAGACGAUUAAACCUUCUUCGUUUACAUUGGAACACAUGCCAGCAUCUCUGUCUCAGUUUGGAGAUAACUCAAUUCCCAGUGCUCCAAACGACUUCUCCGUCUGGGUCAGUGAGUGCCAUAGUAAUACAGAGAAUAUCUCCCAUAAUACACCUUGUUUGCCCCCUAACAUUUUGCAUAACCGGUCCUUUUUUUUUCAUUUCUCCUGGCUAUUACAGUAGUCAAGAGAAACUGAAGUCGAUGCUCAUGCAAACGUUUGGAGGGCAAACAGGGUGUAUUACGGGAGAUGUGCAACGAAGAACAAGCUACUUAAUAACAGUUUGUGUCGAAUAGUCACAUUUUAGGAUUUGUCUGCAGAAUCAAUAGACAGACCACCUUUUAUCUAUAACAAAUGUUCCCCUUGGCAGCGAUAUACAAUUAAAUAGACGAUACAUAUAGAAAUAAUUAAUUUGUGGUAUUAUAUCCACAACGCAGCUCUUCGUCCACCAUUCCGAUUCGAAUCAGAAUUUGGAAGUGUUAGAUUUUGAGGUGAGGGGCUGAAAAAUCAAAGUGCCCGAAGAAAAAUCUCUUGGAGCAAUGGCAAAAACCAAUAACAAAUUGGCAAAAGUUUCAUUAAGUUUCUUGCCGUUUGACCUUUGGUAACAAGUAACCUCAAUUAAAUUGAUAGCCUUUAUUGUUCAACAGCUUUUUUAUCACUUUAUAGGGCUGGAGCGACGCUCAUGGAAAAGAUAGAACAAAACUUGGAGAAUAUGUUUACGAUAAUAAGGCAACUGCUCUUCAAACCUUUUCAGUGCAGGUGAGGGUUCGGCUGAAGUGACCGAAUGCUCAGAGCGUGGGACUCGCAAUCCAGAGGCCCUGGGUUCCAGUUCCGCUCUCUUACCAUUAACGUUCUUAGGGAUUCGUCACGCGUUCCUGCCCCACGUUGGGGAGGAUUGCGUGACGAGCCAAAAGAACAUCUGGGCAGGAGGCUUGCACGGAGUGCAUUUCCUCGGCUACGCUUGUAAAUAGCCAACCGGUUCGCUACAAUUUGACAGGACUAGCAGGAGGCGCAAAGAGCACUCCCACUUUAAAAAAAGCAUUUCUACAUUUACAUUUUGUGCCACGAAUCGGCGUACUGAGCCAUUUUCAAUUGAGUAACCCCUGAUAUCUGAACAUUGUAAGUGUUUAUUGUGAAAAUCGUCAGUAAGGCUAUACGCCACUUCCACAUUUCCCAUAAUGCACCUUAUCUGCCCCCGAAAAUUUUACAUAACCUUUGUUUUUCAUUUCUCCUGGGUAUUACAGCCGUCCUAAGAGAGAUUGAAAACAAUGCUGAUGCAAAAUUUGGGGGGGGCAAAUAAGGUGCGUUAUGGGAAAUGUAGAAGUGGCGAAUUGGCCCUUUCGUGAUUGCGAAGAGACUGGAUUGAUGCUUUGUCGAAUUGCACUAUGGGACUGUUUUGGGGACGCUAUCUCUUUUUUCAACGGUUGUUACGAAGUUGCGCGGGAAACUGGGUCAAAAUUCGUUUUUAAACAACGUCACGGCAGCCAUGUUGAUCUACCAAAACAAUGAAACGACGGCCACGAACCUGUAGGAGUUGAACCCAUUUCUCCCGCAAAAAUGUUCUUUUGUUCCAAGAACUUUGCAUAGAUGAUGACCACGUGAGUGAAAACGAUCUACAACGAGCCAUUUAAAAUUUACAUAUUAGAAAAAUCUGGAAGUCUAAUGAUUGCCUUCUUUCAGCCCUUAAAGUGGAAACUGUAUAAAACAAAUAAAAAAAAGAUAAAGCUUAAAUGAGGGGUAGUUAAUUUAGGAACCCGCCAGCCUGUGUGGCAGCAGUCGUUUUUGUUUCGUUUUAGCCAAGCAGGAGAAACGCACGAGAGCAUUGGGGGUUAUGGAGGGAAAAAAUUAGGCGCUCCUUUUUACUAUAUACCUUUGCGCGUUUCGCGUGCAUCUUCCGGAAAACGGAAAAAAGUGCAACGCGGCUAGGACCCCGCGAAAACAGUCGUCCUUUACCGCUCCCUGUCACUUUGUAGUUCCCGUAGCGGGUGGGAGAGAUGAGAAAUGGCCGUGCGGACUAAAGGACAGUUAGAACAUAACAUUCUUAAUUUUCGUUGUGUUUACUUUCAGGUUUCACCAGUGCCAUAUUUUCGAUUCGUUGAACUUAGAGUGCACUCGAACUAUGGCAACCCUUCAUACACGUGUUUGUACAGAUUUAGAGUGCAUGGAGUUCCAUAUGUACAAAAAUACAAUCAGUAA